AUGGUAGGUCCUGGUGUGGUGAGGGUGCAGCCGUGUGGGCGCUCGGCUAUAAGUAAGAGGCGCGCGCGCUGCCGCGAGGUUAGUCGCCGUCGGCAGUGUGUCGCCAGCGGUGUUAUUCCGCUCCGAAGCCCCGACCAAGAGUUAAGGACUGCGCACGUUGCACGCACUGCACCGCACCCCACGCGAGACAUGGACCUACGGAUAGCGCUAUGUUUUCUGCUUUGUGCGACGUACACAGCCUUCGCAGAAGUGGACAUUAUCACAGAACCACGACCAGGUGAAGAAUACGUCCUUGUUAGCUCUGGUCAGCAAACACCUAUAAGAAAUUUUGAAACUUCUCAUAAAAUUCCCGAUAAGCACCCAAAUCACAGGCUUACUAAGCAGGAGGAUGAUAGAGUUUUUAAGAAGUUGCAUAGUGGCAAAGUAAAACAUGCAGCUGAGGGCAUUGUCUCUAUUGAAGAAGACAAAAAGGUACAACUUAAGAAGGGACAAAAACUGAAAGCAUCCGAGUCUAUCGAAAUUGAUGUCCCUGUAUCUAAAUUGGAAGAUAUUAAAAUUAGAGAAAACUUAAAGAACGUGGACACAAAUCCUAGGUUAGGUGUCGCUUUAGAGGCAAUGUCAGAAUCUGGCAAAUUGAGCAAUAAUGCAGGAACUACCACACAAAAACCUAUUUUAACUACAGCUCCACCGGUAGCGGCAAAAGCCUACGAUUACAUUCCCAUUAAUUUCGACACUAUCGAUGACAUUAAUAGCGGUCUCUUAUCUUCAAAUGUCAAACUUGAAACGGCGGGCUCCGAACAAAAGCAACAUUCAAGAAUCCAAAUCAAAAAAGGUCCUAAUGGAAAAGAUUACGAAUAUGAAUAUAUUUAUUACUAUUAUGACGAGGAGGAAGAAGGUAAACCCAAAGAAAAGCCUGUAAGUACUGAAUCGCCAAUUCACAACUCACACGAUGGACCACAGAAAGUGGAAACAGAGAACCACAUUGCAAAGGAUAGUAGAUCUAAGAGCAAAUAUAUAACCACUGAUAGAUCAACUACGACUACAGUUGCCACGCCUGAGGUACAAAAUGAGAUAUACUCCGGACGAGGCCGCUCUCGAGGAAGAAAUGUUGCGCCCGCGCCAGUACAGGAGGAAGCAGUCGAGAGAUUACCUUCAAGUACACGUUUCCCACCUCGAGGCCGUAGUUUUGGUGCUUCAAGCUCAACUACAUAUGUGCCCGAGGUAUCGUCUGAAGCUGUUAAACGUGGUAGAACAAAUACUGAUAAUGUAGCCGAUGAAUCUAUCGGUCAAACUAGAAGUAGAACGCGUGGACAUAUAAGACGACCAAGUUCCGAACUCGUCGACCUUGACAGUUUCAAAACACAUUCUGGCGACAUACGAGCGCAAUACAAGGAGCCACCAUCAAGAUAUUCAACAGAGAAUAAGGUUACGACAGAUGCUGCUUUACCAACGACUAGAGAAAUAUCUCACGCUAAAGAUUCACAAAGAGAAGCUCACAGCCUUUCAAGUGGUGCAAUAUACCAGGAAAUACUAGACGAUUCGAAACUACCAUCAGACUACAAACAAACAACUACUUACGAACAGGACACAACUGAAUACACUACAAUGACAGCUAUGGAAAAGGUAGCCCUCGAUUUGUACGCCUACUUGGCCGGUGAAAAUUUAAAUAACGAAAUCAAUCCAUCGAACGAUCUGCUAUCAUUCGAUGGAUCAACGACAGUUGAAGACGAUAAUUGGACAACGGAAGUAUCCACAACUGAAGUGGAGACUACGCCAACAACAACGACAACGACAACAACAACAACAACUACUCCAGCGCCUACCACAACUACUACAGCUGCACCCACGCGCCCUUCACGAUUCAAGACACGUCCGGGAGCGAGAUCGCGCGUCGGUGCCGCGUCCACCAGUGCCGCCACGGAACCACCAGCAGAAUCCUCAACACGAGCACGAGGCCGAUUUGGAAAACCAAAUGGGACUCGAAAAACGACAGCCGCUGCUGUGGAGGCAAGUUCAGCUGCCCCAGUUGAAAAACCAGUAUCACAACCAAAGGCGUUCGGACGUCGCGGUGGUUUGUUCGCUGGUCGCACACGUCCCGUUCCAUCGACUGCUGCACCAGCUCAAGAAAGCAGCAGCGUAGCUAGUGAAGCGCCUGUUCCCAGAGCUCGUCUACGACCUGGAUUGAGAAGAAUCGGUUCAUCCACCACGGUUGCUGCAUCAUCAGCUGAAGUCAGCGACACCACUUCCCCAAGUGUCAGUGCUGCAGCGUCAGGAGAAGUGGCUGAAACAACACCAACACCUGGUAGAAGUAUUGGGCGCAAACCAGUCUUAAGACCGGUGUCUCUACGCCCUGGGCCAAGGUUAAACCUGAGGCCUAGCCCCAGAUUGAGACCAGGAGUAGGCAGUUCCCCCACAACAGAGGCACCCUCCGAUGCACCAGGAGAAACCUCACCACCAGAAUCUCCCGCUACCGACGUGGAGAAUGAGGGUUCGUCACCAACUCCAGCUCCGGAAGCUCCACGGGGUGGCAUCAAACUUCGUAACAGACUUCAAGUCUCACCUUCACCAAAACCACGUGUAGCGGUUACACUACCAGCGCGAAGACAAAACCCACUUUUGAAGAGGAAGUUGCCCUCCACUGAGGCCACAACAGAAGCACCCAAGAAGGCAUCUUCAGAGACAACAGAGGAGAGUGUUAGUGAUGAGAAAACCGAGAGUGAGACGGAGCCCCCGGCAGCACCAGUUGAGACUACACCAGCCCCACCUCUUCGAGGUCUCGAUGCUCUGAUAGCUAGGCGAAGGGCAGCCGGCGUGGGCGCUAGACCCGUUAGACCCGUGAGGGGCGCAAAACUACCUAAUUAA